UUUCUUCAGUCCGAUGAGCUGUUUUGUUGGGGAUUAGAGGAAGAUAAAGCCACGUUGUGCGCGACUGGUCCAGCCUUCAUGCAGCGGAGCACCUCACGUCCUCUGCUGAAUUCAAAUAAAGUGUGGACGAGGGGAUGCUGUGGAGUGAAAGCAUCGUGGGAGGAAGGCUCGCAGUCAACCGGCAGGUGGUGGAACACGAAUGGCUUCUCCGGCGCCGCUUCCCACAGACGAUCCGGCCGACGUCCUUGACCGGAUUUCCAGCACGCUGCACGGCCGCACGACGAGCGGAUCAACAGGAGGAGCGGCCCCGAGGGAGGGUGGCUGUAACGCGGCCCGCAGCUGCCAUGGCCGGUGUCAUUCAGCACCAAGGACGGCGCUGCGCAGGGGAGGCGCAGAGGUUAAACUCGCUCACCCCUGCGAGGAGAAAGUGCGGAUUUGUUGCGACGAGGAAUUAGAGACAUCGUUCAGCUAUGUUGACGAGAACGUUAACCUACGGCUGGCCAGCCCGGACGCUAGUUGUAAAAGUACUCACAGAACCGUGCACAACGGCGAGCCUUGCUCCGAGACUUUUCCGGAGCUUUCCUUCAUGUCCGAGGACGAUCUCUCCUUCGGGGAGGGCCCCGGGUCUUCCACGGACUACGGCUUCAUCAGUGCGGUCACGUUCUUGGUGACCGGGAUCUCCUUGGUGAUCAUCUCCUACGCCGUGCCACGCGACGUGGAGGUGGACCGUGACAGCGUGUCGGCGAGGGAGAUGGAGAAGCUGGAGAUGGAGAGUGCCCGGAUAGGUGCCCACCUGGACCGGUGCGUCAUAGCGGGGCUUUGCCUGCUCACGCUGGGUGGCGUGGUGCUCUCCACGCUGCUGAUGAUCUCCAUGUGGAAGGGGGAGAUGUACCGGAGGAAGGUGGUCGCUUAUUCCAAGCGUUCAGCUAAACUGUACGGCUCCAUCAGCCUGAAAACGAGAUCCAGUCCCAGCCACUCCUCUGCGCGCUUCUCACUGGAGGAGGACAUUGAGGAGACUUUGGCUUAGAAUGCUCUGUGUAUAAACCUUUUGUGUAUAAGAGGAAUUAAUGCCGUUCACACACACACACACACACACACACACACACACCAUCUAACGUACUGUUCCCUGAAAGUAUACAUUCAGAGUGUAUUAUUCUGUAGAAAUAGAUCAUUAUAUAUCCACGUGGCAUACAGGAAGGAUGAGAGCACUCAAGGGCAAAAAUGAGGGAAUGCUAAAAAAAUAUGGCAACAAAUGCCCAAAUUGUCAAAUUUAAAAUGUCAUAAAAGUGAUCACAAAGAAUGUCAAUAGCUUUGUGUCACAAACGCUGGAUCAGUUUGGGGUUUUUUUUUUGACCCAGGAUGCAAUCUUUGAGAGCUUUCAUUUAUUAUUUAGGCUAUUCAUAUUUAAUGUGCAUGUCUCCAACAGACACAUUUCAGGAAGCUAGGGAAGUGUGUGUCCGCCGGGCAGGAGAGUGGGUGUAAGAAAGCGAUGUAAUGCGGCCCCUGUCCGGUGCGAUGGGGGAGAAUUGGCUCAGUGGUCCACGUGGUAAUAUCCAGUGACAGUCGCUCUGGUGCAGUGCUGAGGUAAGCCAGUAUGGCCCCGCUUCGUGCAUCUCCACGUCGGUUUGAUUUUAGUGAGGAAUUUGACUGCAUUCGACAGACACUUCUUCAUUCUCAGCACCAGCGUGAUCCAAUUUCCCUUUCUUCUCCUUCCUCCCUUCAGCCGUCAGGAGAAUUGUCUUUCUCCUGCAGUUUUUCAGCGCCCUCCUCCCAUUGACCUGUGAACACAUUCAAAUUUAAACCAAAAGCGUGUGGUAAGGGUCCUGGACAACCACAGCCAAGUGCCUGAAACAUGUUAAGGUCGAUGAACCUUCCCUUAACUUUCCUCCUCUCAUCCUGUCAUUCUCUCUGCAUGAGGACGAACUUAAGAAGGCCUAAUCGCACAUCAAAGAGUUGCCCUACAUCCAAAACCAUAAGCUGUCUCUACGUAUAAGAGCUAGUCACAUAUUCAAAGGGAGGAGUUGUUCCUUUUUUUUAAUGGGAUUAUUUUAUGUUAUCAUGGAGAUCUGCUGACUAAAAUAUUGCUGAAGAUGCAAAAAAAAAAGCAAAGGCAAAGAGGUUUCUCGCGUGCAGACUUGCUAAAGAUCUCCAGGCAAGUCAGAAAGCAACUUUAUUUUCUAAUUUAGUUUCUGUCUUCACUAAGUCCACUUUCUCUUUCUUGCCGGAGGUUAUGACAUUAUUGUUGUCUGAGGAGGCCUGCGGAACAGAAUAAAGAAAGCAAUUCUCUUCAAGAAA